UUCAUACUUUCGCUCCUGCUGAAAGUUGGUCGAACAAGCACCCUGCUACGUGAAUUUCAUUGAGGCAUUGCCUCUUGUUUUCAAGUGAACAUCCCACAACGUUUUAAUUUUGUUUCCCAUUGAAUUGUGCCAGAAAAAUUGCAUCUCUGCAUAGUGAAGUGUUGUGCUUAAUGCACGAGAGAGAGAAAAUCCCACAACAUACCUUAGAUUAGAGUGUGAGGGCACCUGUGUUAGUAAAGAAAAAUAGCAGUUUCCACGGAUUUAUAGCUGUGUGGAACGACGGAGUAAACGUGAGGUCCAAAAGGAAGGCGCGCAGUAUUUAUAGGAACAAAAAUGCAACAAUUUUCCCUCUACUUUGCCUUCAUUCUUGUCAUUCUGAUAGGAAACAGCGAAGCUAAACGGGGAUGCAGUCUCUAUGGGCAUUCCUGCUACGGUGGUCAUGGCAAAAGAUCAACACUUCCACUCCUUUCGGACACUAGGAUGCCACUGGAGACGGCUCCAAUUCCUUUGGUUAAAUUGCUGAGAAACUCAAAUCGACCUUACCCACCUUCCCUCGUUGUCGAUAACACUGACUUGUACGAUGAUGAUAACGAACCGGACAAUUUACGAGCGGCAAAGGACUUCAAGUACGCCAUUUACACGCUCCUACGGCAAUGGGCCGACAAUCGAAUGAGAAAUCCCGCCGAUGUGGAAACACAUCCGAAUCCCGAUGCAAAUGACUUCUACAAGCCCACCACCUCAAACAACAAUAACCACAUCAACAACAUUUAACUCUUUUUCCUCCCGUGAAUUCGAUUACAUUGCUCCUAUAUACGCAUGAGAGGAUGAGAAAAAUAUUUAGAUUGUACAUAAAGAUAACUUCUCCUGUGCAGAUGCGAAAGGAGGAAAAAAAAUUCUGCUAAGGAAAGAUGUCAAUAGAAUGCUAUGGCUGGGAGCAUUCUAUUGACCUUUUUUUUUGGCUCAGCAUAAGGAAAUUCUUUUUUUGCCCACAUAAAAAUGGAACCUACACAUCAUUUUUUGGAAGGAAAGGAUUCACAAAAUAAAAUAUUUAAAUGUUCUCUUUUGGCUGCUGUUGCAUGUAAUCUCUCCAGAAAAUUGUAUUAAAGCAUAAAAAAAAUUAUAAUAAUUAAUAUAAAGUAAACUAAAUAGAGAGAUAAUGUUCACAAAAA